UUACUAAGUUUGAUGACUGGAGGAUCGGGAUGAAAGCCCACCUCUGCGCACUCCAUGAUGAGAUGUGGGAAGUUCUUGAUGCAUGUCCUUUCACUCAGUUCAAAAAGGUGAACCCAGAUUAUCUUGCUGGUGGUGAUCAACCACAGAUGAUCAUCAAGGGACAUCAUGAGUGGUCAACCGAAGAAAGGAGGACGUACAACCUUGACAACAUUGCCAAAGACAUCCUCUACAAGGCCAUAGAUGACAAAUACUUCACCAUAAUCAAGAAAUGCACCUUUGCCAAGAAAAUCUGGGAUACACUCACCCUGAUUGGAGCUAGUGAUGAGCAGCAGAAGGAUAACAAGCUUACUAUUGCCACGAAGAAGUUUGAAGACUUCAAACUUCUCCCCAAAGAAUGCAUAACUGAGAUGUAUACACGUCUGCUCACCCUUACUACUGAGAUUUCUGAGCUUGGGAAGGAACUGAUUCCCAAGGAGAUCAACCUGAAGGUUCUCAGAGGCCUAUCUUCACCCUGGAAGAUGAAGGUCACUGCCAUGCAAGAUAGCAAAGACCUCAAGACAUACAGCACAAAAAAGCUCAUCUCUGAUAUCAAAUCUUAUGAGUUCGAGAUGAAUGAGGAAGAGAAAGAAGAAGUUGAGGACAGAACAACUACUGCCCUCACUGCCUGUACCUCUAAGGCAUCCUGGGCAUUUCAAAACCAAUUGUCCACACCCCAUAGUGUCCAAGAGACAAGGACAUGAAGGAGAGAAGAAGUAUGAGAACGGAAGGAGGAAAGCUCUCAUCUAUGAGCAACCAGAGAAGGACCCCCUCUCUGAAACAGAAUCCAGUUCUGAAUCAGAAUCCGAUGAGGCAUUCUGUUGUCUAGAUACAGAGACUGAAGACCUAUGCCUCAUGGAUCAAUUUGAUGAUGAUGUAUCCUCUACCUCUGCUUCUAGCCUAGUUGGUUAAAUACGGAACUGUGUGCGGGAGCUAUCUCUGAGCAAGAAUGGUUUAUUGAUAAUGGAUGCUCCAGACACAUGACAGGUAACAGAAGUUGCCUGACGUGCACUUUGUCACGAUGCGUCAAAAUAAAUUGAUACUAACACUCAUACGUAGUAUAGGUGAAGUAGAGUUCGUAUCCACAGGGAAAGGAAUAAUUAUCUUUUUAAUGAAAG